GUUGGAAACUCGAAAGGGGCGCCACCAUGGGAGCAUUGGAGCAACUGAUGGGUAGCCGGACCGUCGGCGGCACGCUUUUGGUUCACAUUCAGCUUCGGGCCCUCAACCUCUUGACACUAUCACUCGUUCUGAUUUGGAUCUUCUCGCCUCUGGGCGGCCAAUCCGUCUUGCGUAUGCUCGAAACUCGGCUUCGAAAUGUGGUUGCACCUUCAAGUGUCGUCUACUUCGACACUGAUGCCCGGUCCCAGUUCGCAUCCUGGUCAGAGGCCUCGCCAACGAGCUACGCGUAUAACAUCAACCGGCUAUCCAUCGUCAAUGCCAUGUAUAAUGCUCUGAUUCUGAGUCCUGACGCUGUAAAGAGCGAUUCGAUGGAUGUCUGGGGAAACGUCAGGAUCCCAGCGCUAUCGUCGUAUGGGACUUUUGAGACGGCAGAGUGGCAAGACGUUCCAACAAACGACGAGGAGAUGAAGUUCUCAUCUCUCGUCGGCGUUCCUGUUACGCACAUCACCGAGGGAAAUACAACUCUUUCUGUCGAGUCGAGCUAUAUGCAUUUCGCAUGCGAUAACAUCAGCGUUUCAGCCUUUUCAUACAACACCCAAUCCGGUGCUUCGUUCGCCACGGCAGUCAUAUUCAACGAAACUUCGCUCUGCAUGUCCGACCGCUGCAGGACCGUCGCGAACGGCACAUGGCAAGGCUGGAAUCUCAACCAGACAACGUCAUCAGACGGGGUAUCAGGAUGGAACCUCGCCCUCGACAACUUUGUCGACGCGCAGUGGAAUGAUCACGACUGGUACACGAAGCGCGGGCUCAAGUUGGAGGACUCCAACCGUCCCGACGUGUUUGCGAAUGAGAAGGGAGUGGUGGCAAACCGGACGACGUUGCUCUUCCAAGCGAGAGAGCAGACCGACUCCCACGGGCCGCCCGAUUACACGACAUCUCGCUGCGGCGUCACACAGAAGUAUGUGGAGUCGAGGGUUCAUUGCUCGCGAGACUCUUCUACGUCCACCGCUCGACAGAAUUGCAGUGUCGUUGCUCAGCGUCCUUCUCAAAAGACCCACGCCGAUGAGAAUAUCUCCCAGCUGUCCUUUACGCGUGUAUUCCGCUACGUCUCGCGGAAGCUGCCUCAAGCAACAAACCACUUUGGCUCAAGCUACACGUCGGAUAUUUCCUUAAACUAUCUCGAGAACCCAUCCUCGAUCACCAUGACUGGUGCAAAUGCACCCCCGGAGCUGGCUACCAUCGAUCCAAAGGACUUUGGGUACCGGCUUGCGCAGCUGGUCAACUCUUACGUUUUCCUCAGCCAAGCUUUCUCGAAUGCCCCCAGUGGAAGCGUAGACGCCAAUGCCGCCUUUGAGCCGAAUGUCACUGUUGGUGUCGACGUCGAGACCUUGGUGGAAGUCUUCCACGUCCCUGGUCUGUGGAUGGGCCUGUACAUUUUGUCUUGUAUUGUACUUCUUCUGGGAGGUUUGGCGAGUGCUAUCGUCACGCACUUUGUUCACGGACCGGAGAUUUUGGGAUACGCAUCGACUGUCGUGCGGGAUUCCAAGUACAUGGAUAUUGCCCCUACCGCUGGAAGAAUGGACGGCAUUGACCUUGCGAGAAUGCUGAAGAAUCGGAGGCUGAGAUACGGGUAUACUCAGAUGGCGCUUGAGGGUACGGCGCUUGUGGGUGUUGGGUCACAAGAGGAAGUGGAAAGAAUCAAGCAGAAACACUGAGAGAUCGCGAUGGGUCGUGGGAGCAAAAUUUACUGAUUUCUAGAAAUAUUUCAGAGUCUGUGAUUGUUUAUCUGCAAAAGUUUCUGCUCCUGAUCAUUGGUGGAAUUUAGUGAAGUGACUCGAAAGCGGUGGUCCAGUUGUGAGGUGUCUAGAGCAUGCAAGGGUCGAAUACAAAGAGAAGGUAAAGAGACACCAAACCCUCAAAUCUAUGAGAUCAAGUAGACGACUGAG